CUGAACCUGAAGAGUGGAUUGACACUGGAUGGCUUCGAGUACUUGGCGGGUCUAACUGAUGGUCUCUUCCUCCAUUUUGGAGAUGAGGGAUGAACCUUCCUGAAGAUGUGUUGGUUGAAAUUCUAUCAAGGUGCCCGGUGAAAUCCCUGGUCAGAUUCAGGGCUGUGUGCAAAUCAUGGCACAUUCUCGUCAACAACCAGUCUUUCGUCUCCACCCACCUCAACCAGCAGCUCGCCGCCUCUUCCGGAGGCCGUCUCCUGGUGAGCCACCGCGACAAUCUUACCAAUAAACGCCUCAUCUCUUUCUCGGCUGACGACAACCUGGACAACUUCGCCAACCAGCUUGAUUUACCGCCGUUUCUGAACCAAAACUUCAGCCAUGUAAGACUGAUCGGUCCAUGCAACGGCUUGGUUUGUUUGUAUGGUUUUCCAGACAACAUUGCUCUCUGGAACCCGGCAACCAGAGAUUGCAAGGUUCUCCCGAUGUCCUGGGUUCCGAGACCGGCGAUGGCCCGAGUUCUCGGCGGCGACCUCGCCUUUGGUUUUGAUUCAAAAACCGGUGAUUACAAGGUGGUGCAGAUCCUGUUCUGCUCCUCCAACCAGCUCGGAGUGGCUUACCAGGUUGAGAUCUACACACUGAGAACUGAUUCUUGGAGGAAAUACGAAGGAACUCUGCCGGCACACAUAAUGUAUCUCAACGUCUGGAGCAUGAUAUAUAGGCCGGAAACUUUCUGCUGGUGGGCUAAGGACAGUGAAAACACGGAGAUAGUCCUCUCGUUUGACAUGGGAGAUGAGACAUUUCAGAAGGCUGCGUUGCCAUCGGAUGCCGGAGAUCUUGGGGGAGAGCUCAAGAAUAUCCGAGCAAUUAUGCCGAUGAACGGAGCCUUAGCCCUGGUGGUGUAUAGAUUGAAAGAAGUGGAGAAGGUGUUUGAUCUGUGGGUGUUGAGAGAAGUUGGUGUGGAGGCGGCUUGGACAAGACUUUCGAGUAUUGGGCCUCUUCUGGGAGUGGAGAGACCAUUAGGGUUUUGGAAGAAUGGAGAGUUUAUUCUGGAGAAUAGUUGUGGGCAGCUGGUUCUUUAUGAGCCUCGUUUCCAGAAGAUUAGAAAUCUUGGACUUCAGGGAAAAAGGGACAGAUUAGAGGUUCUUGUUUACAGGGAUAGCCUAGUCUCCCUCACUAACAUAUGAAUAUGUGUUAGUUUUGUGCAUCAAACUACCUUUUUUUUUUUCAUCAUUGGUUCUCCCUGAUAUCAUCAUUGUCACCACAAGCUGCAAUCCUUUUAAGUAGGGUUGAUUACAUAAAUUUUAACACGCCAUGUUUGUAAAGCCAUUAUGAGCUUAUUCGAUAUUGUUGCAAUUCUACUAUAAUUCUAUUGUAAUGAAAUCAAUUUGAUUGAGGAAAUUGUCUACAAAAUUUUAAUUUAUUCUUCUAAUUUUGUUUCACAACUCCUAAGUAACAACUUAUCAAAUAUUUAUCCCAUUAUGUAAGGUUGGAUACAUGCAUUCUAGCUAGUCAUCUAUUUCUAUCUAUAGCUUUAUCCUUUGCAAGGCUCUUAUAACCU